AUGAAUCGUCAAUUGCAGUUGAACACCCAUGUGGGUGACAGCAGACGGUACUCAUUCGCCGAGACUCCGCUCGAAAUGCACGCCUCACCGCAAGAAAGGGAUCUGAGAUCACUGCCGCCCAUGUUGGCACACUCUCACCCAGUCUCGGAACCAGCCGUACAGCCGCGGGAACAACCAGCGUCUUAUGCAUCGAGCGAGAAAGUACACCAGAUGCAGCAGGACGGGAUCAUUCCAGCAUAUUCCGACCAACCACUACAUGAACAGCAUCCUGCCCACUAUGCCCCCUAUGCCUAUCCCGAGACACCUGUUCAAGAGCAGUCCCAUACCCAGAUGCCGUAUCAUCAUACAUACAGUCAACCACCCAGCUCCCCAGGACCUUUACCCGUGAAGACCAACCCGGAUGCCGAGAAUCAAGUCUCAAGAACAGACUAUGUGAAUAUUGCGCCAGAUGCAAAUCCACUGCAGUCUCCCAAAUUGCCCUUCUUCCCUCCACCUGCCGCUGCAGGCACAUCGCAAGCACCACCAAUUGAAGAUUUGAGUUCCUUUCACCAGCCUGGACAGAUAUUACAUCCCAACCAGGAGGUUCUGGGAGGCAGCUGGAGCCAUGGAUUGUGCGAUUGCUCGAAUAUCGGAACCUGCUGCCUGGGGCUGGUCUGUCCGUGCAUAAUAUACGGCAAAACGCAACACCGUCUGUCAAAGAAAUCUCGCAAGGAAGACCCGACGAAUAUGCUGGGCUAUGAAACGUGCAACGGCUCUUGCACUGGGAUGGCCCUACUGUGUGGAUGCCAAUGGCUGAUGGCUACAAUCCAGCACACUCGAACAAGAAAAGCAUAUGGAAUCCAUGGAAACAUUGCGUCGGAUUGUCUCCGCGCAAGUUGCUGCAUCUGCUGCACACUAAUUCAAGACGAGAAGGAAUUCCAGAGGCGCGAGGAACACCGCAGUCGUGCAGCCAGGGAGAUGGGAGCUACAUUGAUGUCGCCGUACACAGCUCCAGGACCCAUGACGUACCCACCACCACCCAAAUAG